AUGCGAAGCUCAGUUAAAUUCGAUAACUCGUUAAUACACGAAGGCAGCACUCCGGAAAACUCGUUCCUGCUCGUAUCAAACCUUCCCAGCUCUUGCAACUUGCAGAUUCCUUCAGGCAACUCUCCAGAAAAUCUAUUCCCGGCGAUUAAUGAAACCGACUGCGAAAUACGGCCUUGUAAUCUGUUGUUUGAGAUCUCGAGAUACUUGAGCUUGCUCAAACCCCACAGCCCGUUUGGCACAUUCCCCGAGAGCUCAUUAAUCAUUAACUUCUUCCCACGGCAAAGGUUGGGUGGCAGCGGGCCCUCCAAGUUGUUGUUUGAUAAGUCGAAUUGCUCGAGGCCCGAAUGCAGGCCCAAAUUGGGAGGUAUCUUUCCAGACAAGCUAUUGUUGAACAGCAACAGUUCGGUGAGCACCGGAUUGAGAGCAAUAGCCUCGGGGAUUUUUCCCGACAGGAAGUUGUUCUUCAAAUGGAAGGACUCGACGUGCAGGGCUGCCAGGCUGGCGGGGAUUUUCCCAGUCAGGCUAUUCUGGGAGAAGUCGAAACGUACGAGUGACGUCAGAUUGGAGAAUGUAUCUGGAAUUUCGCCCGAAAUGUGA